UUCACUGUCAUUCACAAUCCGACAAGGUGAGACAACAGAACACAUCGCUUAAUGAAGAAAAACUCUUCUAUAGAAUCGCACUUCGGAAUAGCCUAAAAUAAGACUGAGCUUUUAUGCACGGGAAAGUUACUAAUCUUCAACUUUAAUCGUCGGACAUGCCACCUCAAAUGGAUUAUUAUUGUGAAGAAUCCCGCGUCCCCUCUUCAUGCGGAUUGAUAAACCAAGAGGCCGGGUUGGAGAGGGAGUCAGCGCCGGGGUUGGAGAGGGAGUCAGCGGCUAUCAGCUGUAUGCUGGUGGGGGACGGGGCGGUGGGAAAGACAAGCAUGAUAGUCAGUUACACCAGCAAUGGAUACCCCACGGAAUACAAACAGACCGGCUUUGAUGUCUUUUCAGGUCAGGUCCAAGUAGGAGGAGCCUCAGUCAGAAUACAACUACUGGACACAGCUGGACAGGAGGUGUUUGACGAUUUCCGCUCCCUCUCCUACUCCCACACGGAUGUCUUCCUGCUCUGCUUCAGUGUGGUCAACCCCACCUCCUUCCACAAUGUCACCCACAAGUGGAUCCCAGAGAUCCGAGCCUGCAACCCCUCAGCUCCCAUCAUCCUCGUGGGCACCCAGUCCGACCUCCUACUGGACGUCAACGUCCUGAUCAACCUGGCCCGUUGCGGGGUCAAACCGGUGCUGACCAAUCGGGCGCGGAGCGUGGCGGUGAAGAUCAGAGCGGCGGACUAUGUGGAGUGUUCUUCGUUGACGCAGAAGAACUUAAAAGAGGCGUUCGACGCGGCCAUCUUUGCUGCCAUCAAACACAAGGCCAGGAAGGAGAAGAAGAGGCGGCUGUCGGACAGACGCAGCAAGGCCUUCUCUAAAUGCAGCUGGAGGAAGUACUUCUGUUUUAUCUGAGAUGAGAUCCCAUGGGUCCUGGACAGAAUAAUGACUAUUAUUAUUUAUUAACUUAUGAAGACUUACUAAGAACUUGUAGCUUUGGAAUCGUCCCAGAAUUGGUAAAUGAACUGAGUUCUACUAGUAGUCCUGGACUGAAGACAGUGGUAUAGCGUACUUCACUAGCCCUUACAGGUCACCAAGUAAGAACGGGUACUGAAGUGUAAUAAAGACAAGAGAAAAUCAAAACCAAGGACAUUGAGUACAUCUUGUCAGUGGGACAAGGCUG